AUGUCUUCAAGCAAGGGCCUUGUCCUUGUCAGUGGCGCCAACAGUUUCGUCGGCGGUGCAGCUAUCGAAGCCCUUCUCAAAGCUGGGUACUCAGUCCGAGGAACCGUGCGGUCCAAGGCCAGCGGCGACCCCCUGAUUGAGGCUCUUCCAGAGUACGCCGACAAGAUUGAGAUCGUCCAAGUCGCGGAUAUCACAGCUGCAGGCGCAUUUGACGAGGCUGUCCAAGGAGUCGAUGCCGUGGCCCACAUAGCCGCACCGGUCGCGCUGAACUUUGACGACCCCGAGCCUGUCAUGACGGCCGCCAUCGAAGGCAUCAAGCGGAUACUCGAGUCCGCCCACGCAACACCCAGCGUCAAGAGCUUCGUCUUCAUGUCCUCGGUUGUCGCCAUCCUGAGCCCCAAAGAGGGCGACGAGAUUGUCUACACCGAGGCCGACUGGAACACGGCUUCCCUGGACACUCUGGCUGAGCAGGGCAAGAACACGCCCGGCCACAUCAUCUACUACGCGAGCAAGACGGCGGCCGAGCAGGCGCUCUGGGCGUUCCGCGACAAGCAGCACCCCAAGUUCUCCGUCACGGCCCUCAACCCUUGCUUCGUAACCGGCCCGCCCGUCGUGGUGCCUAAAUCGCCGUCGGGGAUCAACUUCACGUCCAGGACCAUCUGGGACGUGCUGGCGGGCGUGCCGCUGGCCGAGGCCGGGCUGGCGGGGCUGUUCCACGGCUUCGUCGACGUGCGCGACGUGGGGCGCAUGGUGGCGUUCAGCGUCGCGCACCCAGAGAAGACGGACGGCGAGCGCUUCCUGUUAGCCUCGCACUACGGGCCCGCGCAGUCCAUUGCCGACAUCCUACGCAGGCAGUACCCCGAGCGCGCGGCUAUCAUCCACGAGGGCACCCCCGGCGAGGGCUACUUCCUGCCCGGGUAUAUCUACCCCAAGGGCUUCCGCCAGGACGGCACAAAGGCUACCAGGGUUUCUGGUCAGGACUAUAUCCCCUGGGAGAAGACGGUCGUGGACAUGGCGGAGAAGCUGAAGCCGCUGCUCACGAACUGA